GGAAUUGUUUUCGCUUCAGUCACAGAAAAAAGCCGCGGAAGCUGAAAAAGUGAAAAAAAAUUAGUUUUCAUUAAAUUUUUGGACCAAAAUUCAUGAAAAAUGAGUCAAAUGCGAAAACGAUCGAAAGUCUGGGACUCAUUUAAUGUUGACGGCGAUAAAGCCUGUUGCAAGUUAUGUCGAACAGUUGUGCGUCAUUCGGGCGGCACAUCAAAUCUCAUCAACCACUUAAGGAUACACGAAGUGAAGAAAGAGCUAAAAACGGAAGAAAUCAUCGAAACAUCAGAAAAUGUCGAGGAAAUGCCACAAAAUAUCGAGGAACUGGUCGAAGUUUAUGAAACUGACGAGAGCGGAAUGAAAUUUGAAGUUUUCGACAACAACCCCUCCGAUCUCCCCGUGGAAACAGUAAAUGUUGAAACGGCAUGCCGUAUUUGCCUUUGCGACGUCAAAUCUAUCUUGCAUUUCGGAAUUGAUGAAGUCGCUCGUAGUUGUAACAACCUCACAUAUGCCGAAAUAUUCACGGAAUUCUCUGGUUACGACAUAAUUUCGCAAGAACCUCAAUACUUUUGUGCCAAAUGUACCAAAAAACUCGUUUCUUUCUACGAACUCAAACAACGGUGCAACGAAACGCAGGAAAUUCUCGAAGAAUGGAUCAAAAACGAGCAGGAAAUGUUACAAGCAGAGGAUGUUUUGGCAGUUUCUGAAGAAAAAAUUGAAGAAACUCCCACGGAAAGCAACAUUGACUACAUUAUCGAAGAAGUUGAGGACGAAGAUCAACUUUUUAAUGAACCACAAUCCGUUGAUGUCGAAUACGAACAAGUCGAAAAUCUCAAUGAGGCAUCGAAAAACUCAAUUUUUCGUGUUCCGGAUAACGUACAAGUGCUCGAAGAAUGUCACGACUGCGAAAUUUGCAACAUUUCGUAUCGCACAAGACGCGCAUUGCGUGUUCAUUACCGUCAAACGCACCCAGAAUUGAGAAAUAUCGAUUGUCCCCAUUGCGAAAUUCAGCAAUUUCCAAUUUUUCUCGAGGAUCACGUUGCGCGCUGCAAAAAAGCGAAUGUUCCGUCGCCGUGUGAGAUUUGUGGCGUUGUCAUUAAGCGUGUAAACAUGACGCGUCAUCGGAUUGCGUGUCGCAUUUCAAGUCGUCAUCCCGCCGAAAAGCCUUUCCAAUGCGAUAUUUGCGGCGUUCGCACCGUCGCCAAAUACGGACUUGUCAAACACAUGCAAAUCCAGCAUCUGAAUCGUCGGUUACGCUGCAAAAUUUGCUUCGCGGAAUUCAAGACGCCCAGCGUGUACAGCGCCCAUCUUCGAAAAUACCAUCCGGAGAAAAAACCGCCUCUCAGAUGCAAAAUUUGCGAUUUUCAGACGACAGAGGCUUCCGUGCUGCGACGCCAUCACUUGUAUCACACGGGCGAGAAGCGACACAAGUGCGAAACGUGCGGCAGAGAAUUUCGGGCGAAAGACGUGUUACGGGAUCACAUGACGACGCAUUCCGAUGAGCGGCCAUUCCCGUGCGAAACGUGCCAAUCGCGGUUCAAGACACGAAAAGCACUUGGGGUGCACAUGAAAACGCAUCGGGCGCACGAAUACGAGUGUCCAAAGUGCAAAAGAACGUAUUUGACGAACCAGCAAAUGAGAAUUCACGUCAAACGGGUACAUCCGGAUUAUGAGUUGCCGCCGAAAGGAACGAUUUUCAACAAAAAUUGGAGAAUCAAGAAGGCUCGAGAGGAAAUUAAGGAAAUGGCGGUUAAGGAAGGGUUUGAUGCGUCGGUUGUGGAUAACAUCAUGAUUGAAGAACCGCCCUCGAUUGAUCAGAAAAUUUAUAUUCGCACGAAUUAUUCGACCGUUGGAUUGAUUGAAGAGCUUUAAAGAGAAAAAUAUCUUUAAUUUACCUGAAAAAUAGAAUAAAAAUGUUAAAAUUGUAUUUUUUUUAAUUCUAAAGAAAUCACAAAUAAAUUAGUUUCGUUAAAAU